AUGACUAAAAUCAAUGCAGCGAAUGUUGAAAUACGCAGAGAGAAGAAACGCGCGUGGGAUCGAGCCGCCCAGCGCACAUGUCGACAAAAGACGAAGGCCCGGAUAGCGCACCUACAGGAGACAAUCCAAUCGCUACAAAAUCAGACACCAGAAGACACUAUUACCCGGUUAUUGGAAAGAAAUGAGGAACUUGAGACCGAGGUCACACGUCUGAAGAAAGUGAUCCAAAGCGCCUUUUCAGUACUUUCAGAAGAGGCGAGCCACACCAAGAUGCCAACGGCGGAACAUAUCGCGACCCCAAAACUCCUUUCACAAGCUCCAUCUUUGAAUGAUUAUGGGGCGGAUACAAUCAUUCCCUCCUAUGAACGAUCUUAUUCGAUCGCAGGUCUUACAGAGACCUCAAGUGUCCACGUAGGUUGUUCUCCUACGGAAAGUUGUAAAGGGCGACAAGAGAUCGCACAAUAUCCGUGUUUCCACCGUCAAGUGCAAUUACGCAGUGCACUUUAUCUCAUGCCGAUGCCUGUCACUUCGACGCACAACCGACACCCGUAUGAAAACCCUGAGACGGCCUUAUCAUACCAAAGCUCAUGUUCCGCUUGGUACACUGUAAACAAGCUACUCAGCCAAGCUUACCCUUCUCAUACUUCCGAAAUGUUUCCCAAGAUUGAUAAAAUUGGUGUCCUGCUUCAGGCUAUUGAUAGAGGAUGGGAGACUCUAUCGCCCGAAGAAAGAAUAAACCCAGGUUUGUGUAUUCUCCAACGCAUGGAUGAGUACAUUUGGUCACCAAUGCCCAAAAUCUUCAGGGUUGCCAUUGCAUACAAAAGCUAUCAGCUGAUGCGAUACAUCUUUCAGCCGGGCCCAGAGACGCGGUUGAAAAUACCGGCGUGGGAACUUCCAACGGAGAAGCAAUUGAAAGAGCCACAUGCAUGUGCUAUCGACUUUUUCCCUUGGCCAAGUGUUCGUGAUCGACUGAUCACCCAUUAUAGCGUAUAUUUGGAGACCUGCACCUUUUUCUCGACCAUACAGCAAUUUUUUCGCUUCCAUUGGCCCCACUCGUUUGAGGAGAGUUACUCUUUUGAUGGUGAUUCCGGGUACACUCCAAGUGACCUCUUUGUUCAGCACGCUGCAGACUUAUCGAAUUGGAAAAUGGGUCCUCAAUUCUUCCAUCUGUACCCGGAGUUUAUCGAUAUAGUGCCGCAGGCGGAUUUUUAA